AUGGAAAGACUCCCUCAAGAACUACUGUUUCUCAUUCUAGAGAGCAUCUCCAUAAAAGGUUCCGUGAAUUUCUUCGGCACUUGUCGUGGUUUUAUGAAACUAGGUCUUAGUUUUCUUGAGAGAUACCUAUGCAAUACCGAGGAAGCUAGACUAGUCGCAGGUGGAAAGUUGACCGUUAUCGGAGCAAUCACACGCACACUCAGUCUGGAUAAAGCCCUCAAAAGCGGACGCCCAUACUCAAUCCAACCUAUCUGCUCGGAAGUCGCCAACCAAGUCCUGUGUUACGAUAAUCUUAUCUGCUUCUUGCGGCCCGGACGUAUCUGCAUCUACAAUACCCGUGGGGCAUGCGAGUACGAUAUCAAUAUCCGCGAGAUUGAAACCCUGGCAGAUCUUACGGACCAGAUGGACGAAAACGACGAAAGCCCCUGUUGUGUUAUGCGGUUUGUUUGUAUCGAACUAAAGGGAGAUGGUUCAUGGGAAAUCAUGUACGUUUCACCAGAGAGCAUACCCGUUCCGCACGUGUGGAGUACAAUAUCUUCGACAGGCCUUGUACUAUACGUGGUGAUGCCAACUGUUUUUCGCUUUGAGUGGUUCAAAUUUGAGAGACGAAGAACAUUCAUGUUCGACCUAGAUGGUCGUCAAGGGCCAGACACCAUUGUUGAUGUGGUCUCUAGCGGAUCUAACGUCUACAUUCUCCUGCCUAUUGAUAACUUCUUCGAGACUGGGAUGCUCAGGAUUGCAGAGAGUCGACUGGUAUAUGAGCCUAAAGACAAGUAUUUGAUUUUCCCAAGCAUAUGUGCAGAUGGGAAGGGUGGGAUAACAGUACUUACUCCUACCUUCGUCGAUAACUCGCUUAUCCUUCAACCUAACGACGACGAACCCGGCUUUCCUCAGCUGUCGCGUGCCUACUUUCGACUGUGUGAUACUUACGAUCUUCAUUAUAUUGGCUUCGCGGAUUCUACUGGGCCUAGGGAAAUUGGACGAGUCAGAAUUGCAAUCAAGAUAGGGAUUGCCAGCCGCGGCCAAUUUGGCGAUGCAUACUAUGCCUGA